AUGCUCGCAUUCCUCGCCUCUCUCCUAGGAUUCCUCUUCAUCACCACCACCCUCCUCCUCAUCCGCCUCCGCUCAAUUCUCCACCGCCGCAAACCCAUAUCCCGACCCCGAAACUCCCACCCCUCACACCUCCUAAUCGUCCUCGGAAGCGGCGGCCACACAGCAGAAAUGAUAGCCAUGCUGACCCGAGCCACAACCGACCCCAACAACACUUCGCGAUUGAAUUGGCAAGACUUUACACACCGCACAUGGGUCAUAAGCUCAGGCGACAGCAUUUCCGCCCUACGAGCCCAAGAAUUUGAAGAAGAAGAAUCGCAACAACAAUCAAAACCUUCCUACACGAUCAAAACCGUCCCUCGAGCCAGAAAAAUCCAUCAAAGUCUCCUCUCAACUCCAAUAUCCUGCUUGAAAUGCCUCUUCACAUGUGUGAGCAUUUUAACGGAGAGAGCAGAAUUUCCGGAUAUCAUCCUCUGUAAUGGUCCUGCUACUGCGACGAUUCUGGUCUUUACAUCUGUGCUUCUACGAUUCUUUAAUUGGAGGGAUUGUCAGAGGGAGGAUAAGAUGAGAACUGUUUAUGUGGAAUCUUGGGCACGAGUUAAGAGGUUGAGUUUAAGUGGAAGACUGCUGGAGUGGGUUGUGGAUCGGUUUCUUGUGCAAUGGCCUCAACUUGCAGGUGGGAGGAGGGAGUUUGGUGGAGUUUUGGUUUGA